AGCAGGACAGUAGUGCUCCCUUCCUCAAAAGACAAAGAAAACGCAGCAAACACAUCCAUCUCCAUCUCUCAUCGCACGCCCCACAGCUCGACCAGACAAACCAAGCGAGCACAGCUCCAGGCAACACACAGAGGAGGAGAGGACUAGCAAUGGGGAGGGCUCCGUGCUGCGAGAAGAUGGGUCUCAAGAAGGGACCGUGGACGCCCGAGGAGGACAAGAUCCUCGUCGCCCACAUCCAGCGCUUCGGCCACGGCAACUGGCGCGCGCUGCCCAAGCAAGCCGGGCUCCUGCGGUGCGGCAAGAGCUGCCGGCUCCGGUGGAUCAACUACCUGCGGCCGGACAUCAAGCGCGGCAACUUCACCAAGGAGGAGGAGGACGCCAUCAUCCACCUCCACGAGGUGCUCGGCAACCGGUGGUCCGCGAUCGCCGCCAGGCUGCCCAACAGGACGGACAACGAGAUCAAGAACGUCUGGCACACGCACCUCAAGAAGCGGCUCGAGCCAACCAAGCAGGAGCACGAGGCGGCGGGCGCCAGUAAGAAAAAUAGGCCCGCGGCGCCCAAGCGCGGGGGCGCGAGGAGGACGCCCGACGUCCCGGCCACCACCGUGCCGGUGUCUCCUGAACGGUCGGCCUCGUCGUCGGUGACCGAGUCAUCGAUGACGGAGCAAGGCAACACGGGAAGCUACGGGUUCGCCGUCGCAAAGGAGGAGAGCUUCACCUCGGAGGAGGAGUUCCAGAUCGACGAGAGCUUCUGGUCGGAGACGCUGUCGAUGCCACUGGACAGUUUCGACGUCCCGAUGGAGCCCUCCCACGCGUUUGGCUCGCCCGGCGCCGCCGAUGACAUUGACUUCUGGCUCAAAGUGUUCAUGGAGUCCGGCGACGUGCAAGAAUUGCCGCAAAUUUAAAGAGUUUUCAGUUUAUUGGCUAAUUGAUUGUUCUUUUUCUUCUCUCUGUUGAUCAUCUUUGCAUCGGAGGGGACAUAGCUAAAAGAGAAGAGUGUCCAUGAGGGAAUUAGGCAGAACGAAUGCGAUGCACCAGGCAACUUUGAUCGAUCUUGUUUACCUUCUUGUAUAGAAAUAGAAGAUAUCAGUGAUCGAAACCGGAGCGUUCUGAGAAUUCUUUUGCACGAUGUGCAGAUAUCUCUGUACGAUAGAGAUCACCGGAAAAUGGACUCUGCUUCUCUAAAUUGGUUGGUUAAAUUCAUCUUGUAUGUGACUCGUGUUCGGUUAUGAAAUCACAUCUUGUGAAUGCUGAGCUAGUUAGUGUA